AUGGUCUCAAUCGGGAAGGAAGAGGAAAAGCUGGAAGCUGGCGAUCUGAAACCAAAAACCGAUAUGUCAAGUCUGGAGGAGGGAGAGGUGGAAAUGCGGGAAUCCAUGCUGGCAACAUACUCAAAAAAGCUGUGGGGUAUUGUGCAAGGAGGAUGGAAUUGGGCACCCAUUUUGCGCACAAAGCGCGAAAAAUGGAUCAUUUUCGGCGGCACGUUGUAUACUGAAGGGUGGUUCGGAAACUACACAUCGCAGGAGCUGCUCUUUGACCGAAUCUCGCCCGCCCCAUCGAAUCGUCUUGUGUACAUCCGUGCGCGCGACUGGAAACCAUUCAUCGCGAAUCCGAUCCCUUGCUCAGCCUUGUAUGUCCACUUUGAAACGCGAGAUGAGCAAGUUCGGGUGGUCGCCCAACUCCUAGACGUUUAUCCAGACCCGAACCAGCUUGUGUACAGUAAGAGCGAGGAGUGCUUCAUCGCCGGAAAAGUCAUCAUAUUCAAAAAUUGUGGGUCUGGUUGUGGAGUCGAGGUGGAGGUCAUCGACAAUUUCUCAUCUCAUCGACACAACCCGAUGGGUAUGGCCGGGCUGCGCAAAGCGCGAGAAAUGGAUCAUCUUUGGCAGUACGGCAGUUUGGGCGAAUACACAGCACAGAAGCUGCUCUUCGACCACAUCUCAUCCGACGUGCCGGAUCGUCUUGUCUACGUCGUCAGUUUUGUGUUUUUCAUGCCUUGGUUUGAUUUUGGU